AUGGCGACUGGAAAUGCAAAAGAAACACGUAACUCUAGAAGUUGUGAAAAAAGAAGAGGUACUUACCUGUCUUAUCUGUCACAUCCGUCGUUGAAAGUUCCCAGAACGUCAGAGUAUCGCCAGAAACUAGCUAAAACUUAUGAUAGAGAAACGAAUGCGGUAUCUUGUAGCGACACUGUUGAACAUUUUGAGUCAGAGUUCCUGGACUACUCAUAUGCAUCUCAGGGGAUCGAAGAAUACUCUCUGGAAGACCGUAAUAAUGUUGAUUUGUUGAAAGAAGAUGGUCGGCCAGCUGAGGUAGAAAAUGACAGAGAAGGCCGCCCAACUAGAGACUCCAUCGCUGAUGAAAUGUUAAAGGGGCUCCUGAACAACACGGCAGUUGAGCAAGACAGCUGUGAUGAAAUUUCGCAAGUUUUUCCUGAAGAUCCAGCGCUUGAUACAACGUACGGAUCUAGCGAGUUUCAUGAGGAUUUGAACGAGCAAGAUAAUGACGUGGAUGAACUUUCGGAAGCGGAAGAUAGGAAUGAAAGCAGCACUCAAGAUGACUACGUGAAAAUUACUGAGCUAUCCUUAUCACAAGACACCCCUUUAUACGAGGGGUCCCCGUUACUUUUUUCAGUUAGCUUGUUGCUGAUUAUUAGCUUCGCCAUAAGGCAUAAUUUGAGCGGACUGGCUUUGGCUGACCUUUUGACGUUAAUUAACAUUCAUCUUGUUGUACCCAACUGCUUUGCUAAAUCGACAGCUGUUCUCAACCGAUUCUUUCGAAAGCUUAAGAAGCCUAUCGAGUACCACUAUUAUUGUUGUUGCUGUUUUGAGUACAUUGGGCUUACAAAGACCUCCUGCUGUUCUAACAAGUAUUGUCUGGUAGAUUUUUCCAAAAAAAGGUGCACUGGCCUACUUCAUUGUCCUACCCUUAGUCACACAGCUUCAGUCAUUGCUGUCAAGUAAGUAGAUUAUCUGCUAAGGUAUAGAUCAUUCCUUUGGUAUCAGGUCACUUCCUUCCAAGUCAGUUCGUUCUAAGUAGAUGUCCCACCUGUUACUAAAUGAUACUAAAUAACAAAGAAUUUCUCAUUAUCUUUAUCCACUACCAUGUUAAGUAUCCCCUGUCACUAAAUAAUGCCCCACAUCAAAGGAUUUCUCGUUCUUUUGGGUUUACCUCGGUGUAAGAAUCGUGCACUUUUUCUUUUCUUUGUACUUCAUGUUUUCCCAGGCUCUUUUGAUGGAAUGAAGUGACUGUAAGGGCCUCCACUGACUAGAAAUUUAGUUGUCGACAACGUUUUGAUUUCGACAACUAAAUGUUAUCAACAACAAAAAACGCAGUGUGUAAGACGGGUUGUUGACAACUAAAUGCUAAAUUUUGCUGUUGUUGACAACUUAAACAUUGUCAUUGUCAAAAAAAAAAAAAAAAACGUUUUUGACAACUAAAUAUCUAGUCUGUAGAGGCCUUAAAGCAUUCACUCAAUACAUGUAUUUUAACCAUUCAUCAAACUGAAACAAUGUUACAUAUGUAACUGGUUGUUAUCACUUGUUAAUGCAUUGACAGUUAACAUUAGCAGUUCGUGAUCAAUAAUAGGAAAAAUUCCAAGAUUUAAAUGAAAAGAUUUUUUGCAGUCUUGUUACAUGUACAUGUAUUCAGGAAAUAUUAUCAUUUGCCUCAGUCAAACAGAACCUCUGUGUGAAAUUUAUUUUCUCACUCUUAUGUAUUGUUUUCAAAUAUUUGUUUUGUUUCUUAGGGCCAGAAGUACCUGA